UCCAUCCACGGUAACCUCCUACUUUUUUAAACGAACCUUUGAAAAAACACACCAGGAUGCAGCAUGUUUGGUUCGUUUGCAAAAAUACUUUCCAUCAUAUGCAUAUUAAACAUGCAUUAACACUAAAUUACCGUAUAAUGAUGUUAAAUAAAAUUUUACAAAAAAAGUAACUAUCUAUGUACAAUAUUAUUAAUAUUAAUGAUCUCGCAUGUGUGUAAAUGAAACAGUGAGAGAAGUGGUGUGUUGGCAAUGAUUAGAACGAAAUAGUUCCAUAGCCAAAAUAUAUAUUUUUUGACUUUCCGCGUGUAUUUAAGAAUUUGUUUGGGUAUUUGUUAAGUUUGAACAUUUUUUUUAAAUCUCUGGUGAAAUAAAAACGUUAUGUUAACGGUAAAAAAAUAUUACGUGCCGAAACCGUGGUCGCGCAUUAAUAAUGUUAAUAGUCACUUGUUUGUUUUCUCUUUCAGCCGUUUGUCUGCAGUUACGCCAUAUUGCAGUGUGUUUUAAUAUAUUACUGACCGUGAAAUAACGUACAGUUUGUGUUUCAGGAUUUUGUGUUAAUAUUGUGUAUUUUAACUUUGUUAUAUUAUUUAUUAUCUACUAUUGUAAUGAUGGAAUUUGUUAUCGUUUUGAUAUUUUGUGUGGUUCUUGUGAUUGCUGUAAUGGUAAUUGGUUCCGGGAUGGGGAAAGCUACUUCUUCGCAGCGUCAGAUGGACAUCAUUAACGUCGCUCAGAACUUAUAUGUUUUAAUUAGGAAAGGCGACUUGAAGAAAUGUGACGUUACGCAGACGACCGCGUUUCUUCUCAACAUCGCAAAGUCAACUGUUCUCAAGUACUACAAGAAAGACAUUGAAGAAGUUUCAACACCAGGAAAAAAGAGGAAAAAAAGGCCACAGGAAGGAAAGUCACUUGACACAGUCGACGAUUUCACAGUAAAUGCAAUCAGGAAUGCAAUUUACAGGAUGUACGCUGAAGGUUUGAAUGGUACAGUCGACACCAUUUUGAAAGAAAUCAGGGAAAGACAAAUAGAUUAUUAUGGUGGAAGAUCAAGUCUUCAUAAAUUGUUAAAGAAGAUGGGAUUUUCAUGGACAACUGUUGAUGGACGAAAAGCUUUGAUAGAGAAUGAAAACAUAGUAUUGCAGCGAAUAGAUUUCUUGAGAAAGUAUAAAGAAGAAAAAGAAAGAGGUGCCAAUUUCAUAUUUGUUGAUGAAACAUGGAUUUUCCAGAGAGGAACUGUAUCAAAGUCAUGGCAGGACAAGAGUCUACAAUCUGCGAAGAGACGUACUGUUGGAGAUGGUCAGAAGACUGCAGACUACCAUGGCGAGAUGAAUGGGGAAACUUUCUUGAUGUGGUUUGAAGACAUGUUGGUGCAUCUUGAGGAACCCAGUGUCAUUAUAAUGGACAAUGCUUCAUAUCACAGCACCCAGGUUGAGAAAACACCUACAACGAACUGGACCAAGGAUGCACUGAUCGCGUGGCUGGAGAAGAAUGAGAUAAAACAUGAAAAUAAUUUGUUGAAAGUGGAGCUGCUGAGAAUAGCUAAACAAAACAAGCCCCGAAUACGAUGGGCGAGGUGUGUGGAUCACGUGGAGAAGCUAAUUCAAGCAGACUGGGAGAGAGAAGUCCACAUAUACAGCGGCACCAUUCCUCCACUCAUCAUCCACCUCGGCAAGGAUAGUUCAAGUGAAGACAGUGACAGCGAAGAAUUUGAGGUUACGACACAGCAAGUAGAUGGAGACAGUGAAGUACUGGCAGUUCCUCUUGAUGAUUUACCCGGGUGUUCUUAUUGAGGUCUGUAUGUAAUAAACACCUGGGCAACUGUAAGUAUUGGGGUUUGAAACAUUUUUUUUUCUUUUAUGCAUUCCCAUUAAGUAUGUUGAUUACUGGAACUUUAUGUAUUAACUUUAUAUUACACAUAUUAUGAUAAAUUUAUAAUAAAUUUCAUUUCUGGAUUCGUAUAGGUGUAUGUGAAACAUUUUAUUUUGUUGUGUGUCUUCAUUUUUCAGUGAACUUACUUGGAAAACAAAAAGCCAGUCCCCAUCCAGGGCCACAAAUAAAUAAUGCAUAUAAGUGGUAUAGAAAUUACUGUCAAUUCUUUACCACAAUUUUACUGUUCAUAAAAUUAUGAUUUUGUCUAAUAAGUAUACUCAGGAAAAUGUAUAUAACCAUAUUUUUAUUUGUGGCCUUAACCGGCGAAAUGGUAGGGGUUUAUUAAAUAAAAGAAGAAAAUUCAUUUUUAAAUGUUUUCAUCUGAAUUUGUUAAUUUUAUUAAACCUUCAAUCCUUAGUCUUUUCCAGAUUGCUUAGAUGGACAGCCAUAUGUAUAAUUUACAAUACUUUUUUUUUCAGAUGCAGAAAACUGUGUUGAACUGUACUAAAGGAUGAUAUUUAUUGCUUACAUAAAUGUUGUAAAUUUAUAUGUUCUCCUAAAAAUUUACUUUAAAUUAUAUGUUAUUUCUUUAGCUAACAAACUUAUUUUUUAAUAUUUUUACCAUUGGGUAUCAUAAAUGUUAUGAACAUAUACAUGUAU